UGAAACGUUGGUGCGAGACCACACCGAUACCUCAGAGAAAAGAAAAAGGUCAACGUUACGCAACGAAAAACACCGGGCGGAACACAAGAAUACUGCUGUUACAUGUGACAACGACCGAGUUUUUACACUCAGGAAGAAAGUAAUAAGGGGUAGGGUACGGUCGGCAGGAGGAUGGUGGGCUAUGACCCACAGGAGAAGGUAGAGUUGUCGUCGACUGAGUACGCCGUGGCGGGCGGGGUGAGUGGCUUCCUCACCCGGGCAGCUUGUAAUCCGCUGGACGUCAUCAAAAUACGCUUCCAGCUCCAGGUUGAGCCCAUAAAGAAGGGCCAGCAUGGUGGGAAGUACCAGAGCAUCCCGCAGACUGUGGUUACUCUGUUCAGGGAGGAGGGGAUAACAGCUUUCUGGAAGGGCCAUGUCCCUGCACAACUGCUGUCACUUAUAUACGGUGCUGUACAGUUUGCGGUGUUUGAGCUGCUGACCAGACAGGCGUGGGAACAGCUGCCCCCGGAGGCCAGCAGUGGUGCGUGGAAGCCAGCGCUACACUUCAUGUGUGGCGGUCUGUCAGCCAUGGCAGCCACCUGCGCCUGUCAGCCUGUCGACGUACUCAGGACUAGGUUUUCAUCUCAGGGAGAACCUAAGGUGUACCAUAGUAUUCCUCAAGCAGUCAGUUCCAUGUGGAGGGAGGGGGGGCCACGGACGUUCUACCGAGGUCUGACUCCCACCCUGGUGCAGAUAUUCCCGUACGCUGGUUUCCAGUUUGCUACGUUCGCCAUGUUUACCUCAGCCUGGGCUUACCUUCCACAGUCUGUGUCUGAGCAAGGUGGUGUGAAGACCCUGGUGUGUGGGGCCGGGGCAGGGGUGGUCAGUAAAACUCUGGUCUACCCUCUGGACGUGGUCAAGAAGCGGCUGCAGGUCCAAGGAUUUGACCACGCCAGGAGGUCAUUUGGACAGGUGCGUGCGUACACAGGACUGGUGCACUGUGUACAGUGUAUGCUGCGUGAGGAAGGAGCCCGAGGCUUGUUCAAGGGUCUGUCUCCCAGUCUCCUGAAGGCUGCCUGUGCCUCAUCACUCAUCUUCUUCCUGUAUGAACAGUGCUGCCAUGCUCUCAGGCUGUCUCACCGGGUGUAUACGUACAGAUGAUGGAACAGGGACGAGAAAUAGUAUUUUAUUUUUACCUCAGCAAGAUAUUUUAGUGACCCAGGGAAAAAGUAUGCCCAACUUCCAAAGGGGUGUUAUUUAAGGGUAAGGGUUAGCUUGUGAAGUGCAUCACUAUAAUGCAUGCAGCAUGAUGUAGGAAGUAUGUUUAUCACUGGUAGAUGAUGAAUUUCAUUAGGGUAUCAAUGAGAAACACUACUCCCCAAGCAGAGGUUAGUGGGGAAGAUUGUGACCUUUCUACCAUAGUAUAUUGCCCCAUUUUCUGUUGGAGUGUAGGAAAUGUAAUUAUAUACAUGUAGUUACUUAUAGAGAUGCACUUCGCAAAUAUCCAGGCCUAUAUAAUACAUUUUGUAACCCUCAUCAGUUGGGCAAUACUUUUAUCUGGAUCACCCUGUAUACAUGUGAUCCAUUUUAUCUAUGAUUCAGACUUUUAAUGUGAUUUUGAAGGGUCACUGUUGACAGGGUUUUAGAUGAUAUAUUUAUUAUAAAUGGUUUGAUAAAUAACUUCACAAGUUUGUUCAUUGAUAGUUGAUACUGGAAAAUACAGGUGAUAUUUAUUUUAAGAUGUACAAUCAUCAAGAGGUAUGAUAUUGUUGCAAGGAUCAUUUUAAUUCGAGGCAAAUAAUCUUGUGGUAUAGGAGACGACUACUCAGUAUUAUACAUUGUACAUAAUGUACAUGGUGAUUUGCAAUACCUUAUAUGAUGUUAUA